AUGCUCUUCCGCGCUGGGCGUCCCGCCUUCUGUUCCUCCUCCCUACCCCUCUUUAUUUUCCUGGGACACGUGACCAGCGGGCAUCCAGUCCCGUUCCGUUGCUAUGCGCCGGCCAGAACUGAGCGGGAGCGUGAAAGGAAGGAGAGUGACAGCUGGAGACGGCUCCACGCAGAGGAUGGAGACAAAGGCAGACAGCUGGCUGCUCAAGGGCUGGCCCUAGAAAGUUGUUUCCAAGAACAGCUGCGGCUCCAGGCCCAAGUGAGACUUCUGGAACACAGCGUGAAGGAGCAACAGGCAAAAAUUGUGGAGCUGUUAAUGGAGAAGGACAUAGAACGCAGAGCACGAGGCGAUGAAAGCAAUCUCAUCAGUCUGGGAGAAGAGACAGAAUAUAAAGAUUGUGCUGAGAUCUAUAAUGCUGGACACAAAUACAGCGGAUUUUAUGUGAUGAAGCCUCUCCGGAGCCCCAAUGAGUUUGUUGCCUACUGCGAUAUGUCAGGAGGAGGAGGAUGGACUGUUUUUCAGAGGCGGUCAGAUGGCAGUCAAAAUUUUGAUAGAGACUGGGACGAAUAUGAACAAGGUUUUGGUGACUUUGCUUCUCCGGAGGGUGAAUACUGGCUGGGAAAUAAAAACCUUCACUAUCUGACCUCUCAGGGAAAUUACACAUUAAAAAUAGUUAUGUCUGAUUUUAUGGGAGAACAGCGCUUUGCACAAUAUGAAAACUUCCGAAUUGGGGAUGAACAGAGUUCCUACACGAUGACUUGUGGACAGUACUCUGGAACAGCUGGUGACUCCUUCACUGGGGGUUUUCACCCUGAAGUGAAAUGGUGGGCAAACCACCAAGGAAUGAAGUUCAGUACCAAAGACAGAGAUAAUGACAAGUAUGAAAAGAAUUGCGCCGAAGAAGACAAUGCUGGCUGGUGGUUUAACAGAUGUCAUUCUGCCAACCUGAAUGGCUUGUAUUACAAUGGACCCUACUCAGCAGCAACAGACAACGGGAUCGUGUGGUUUACAUGGCACGGGUGGUGGUAUUCUCUGAAAUCUGUCACCAUGAAAGUGAGGCCGUCAGACUUCAGCCCUGUUGAAGUUUAAACUCGUGUUCUUGCACUCUUCUUUU